UACAUCUUGGGACGUCGUAACAUUUUCCAGAUCGGGACCCAGCCGCCCGCCAUACUCCCCUCCCCAUACUCAGUAGCAGCAGUCAUCAUACCGUGGCGCACUGGUCACAAGCCUUCCAUCCCAACACCUCAUCCCCACCAGUGUCAGCGCCGGCGGGACAGAGAGCCGGUCGGCCGCCGCCGCCGUAGCGUCAGCAAAUUCUCGUCUAGAACGGACUACCGUCCUCAGUAACCCCGCAGGAUGAGCGACAGAGGCACCUCACAGCCCCGAAUGAGCUGCUGUGGCGUAAUGACCACAGUCCGCUGUCAUCGCCACAUGCCUGCCCUCACUGCGACUCAUCCACAACUGAGUCAGCAACGGCCGGCCGCCGUCGCCGCAGAGUCAGCAGUCCCAUCCGAGUCGGGUGACUCUCUCCAACGACCCAGGGGCGGAGCCGCGAGGGUACGUCAUCAACCCCUCCCCGAAGAGCCCCAAAUGGUCACCAGGGGACAGCACAGGACCGAAGUCGCAAAAUCCAUCAGCAUUGGAAGAGGACGCUGAAAACACGCAAGUAAAAGGUUACAUCAAACACUGGACGUCAAAUCGUAGCUAAUAUACAAGAGAACUUCAAGAAACCAGUAAAAUUUCAAGACAUAAAUUGCAUCCCAGACGGUACCCUGGGAGCGGACCAAUCAGAGAAGAGUUGGCAAUGACGCAUCAGAGCGGCGGAGGAGCGCUCGCCGCCGGAGGCGGACGGACAGAUCCCUGGGGGACUCCGGCCGAGUGACACACGCCCGAUCCCACCAUAACUCCGCCCGCCGCGCGCCGCGCCAGCUGGUCGUGGCAGCGAUGGAGGUGUCGGCGCCCUCCUCGCUCACCUACCGGGUGUUUUUCGCGGCGCGGGACGGCCUGACGAUCACGCUGUACGCCCUGCUGGCCGAUAAGCCGCCGGACGCGGUGCGGCGCGCGCUGAGUCAGGCCGUGGAGGACGGCGGCCAGCGCUGCGCCGCCCUCCUGAUCGCCGCUCGCAACGGACACAACAAGACUGUGAAGAUGCUCCUGGAGAAGUUCAGGGCCGAUCUGGAGCAGGAGGGGCGCGUCAAGUUUGACGACUUCAUCAUUGAUGGUGCCAGCCCGCUGUGGUGUGCCGCCGGCGCCGGUCAUUUCGCCGUGGUGCAGACCCUGGUAUCGGCCGGUGCGGAUGUCAACCACCCGACGGCCACGUUGUCGACGCCGCUGCGGGCCGCCUGCUUCGACGGCCGGCUGGACAUUGUCCAGUACCUGGUGGAGCACGGCGCCGACAUCCACCUGGCCAACAAGUACAACAACACCUGUCUGAUGAUAUCGGCGUUCAAGGGCCACGACGACAUCGUCGAGUACCUGGUGUCGCGCGGCGCCGAGCUGGACCGUCGGACCAACUGCGGCGCCACGGCGCUGCACUUUGCCGCCGAGAGCGGGCACGUGUCUAUCGUGCGUCUGCUGCUGGCGCGCGGCGCCUCGCUGCUGCCCAACGAGCUGGGCCUGACGCCGCCGCUGGCUGCUGCCGAGCGCACGCAGGAGGCCGCUGUCCGGCUGCUGCUCGAACAAUGCCCGCUCACCGUCGCCGAGCGCAUCGACGUGCUCGAGCUGAUGGGAGCCACGUUCGCCAACGACAAGGACAACUACAGCCUGGAGCGGUCCUACGAGCUGCUGCGGGAAGCGAUGGUACUGCGCGAGGCGCACGGCGUGCCCAAGCGGCCGGGCUCGCCGGUGGCCGCCUACCAGAACCACCGCGAGUGCACCAGCCUGACGGAGCUGGAGGCGGCACGCGCCCAGCCCGACCUCCUGCACAUGGAGAGCCUGGUGAUUCGGGAGCGCGUGCUGGGCACCGCCAACCCGGAGAUCCCGCACUCGAUCAUAUACCGCGGCGCCGUGUUCGCUGACAGCGCGCGCUUCGACCGCUGUCUCGAGCUGUGGCAGCGGGCGCUCACGCUCAAACAGGCCACACGCACCUCGGCUGCCAAAGAUCUGCUUCGGUUCGCCCAGGUGUUCUCUCAAAUGGUGUUUGUGGGCGUGUCGUUUUCGUUCAGCUGUCUGGUACAGGUGCUGGCCUCCUGUGUCCAGGAGAUAGAGUUGAACCUCAGCAAGAUCGCCAGUCCCGGCCCCAAGGAUGAUCCCGCCGCGCUGCAGGACGAGCUGGAGGGCAACAUGACCACGGUGCUGUACAUGCUGAUGAUCGCCAACCGGCUGCUGCCGUCCGCCACUGCCGACCAGGAGCUGGACGUGUGCCGCGCCGGAUAUAGGCUGUGUCAGAUGGGUCAGGUGACGCGGCGCGGUCGCAGCCUGCUCCACAUGGUCACGUUUGCUGAUACGCCGGUGGACGACUUCCACACCAGCAACAUCUGCAAGUUCCCGUGCGCGGCCACGGCGCGGCUGCUGAUCCGGUGUGGCGCCGACGUCAACUGCCGGGACGCCGACGGUAACACGCCGCUCCACCUGAUCGUCGGCUACCAGAAGCCCAUCAGCGACUUCCUCACUCUGCACAGCAUCAUCGUGGCGCUGGUCGAGGCCGGAGCGCACAUCGACGCCUGCAACGUGUCGGGACGGACUCCUUUCGAGUCGGCCACCACAGGUGUCGCUGAGAUCAUCCUGCGCACCCAGUCGAAGCUGUCGCUCAAGUGUCUGGCAGCUCGCGUGGUGGCGCGCCACCGUAUCCCUUACACCGGCUGCGUGCCGCGCGACCUCGAGUCGUUCAUCGAACUGCACGGACCGGCCGGGCACGCGGACCGCGUGGACGGCGGCCGCGGCGGCCGCGACAGCCAGCUCAAAACCAUCUGAGUCGGGAGAGGGGGCUGAAGUUAUAUUAGUUAUACGGACAGGCAGCUGAAAACCAUCUGACGCGGGGCAGCCAGCUCAAAAUCAUAUGGGUGCCGGAUAGUCGGCUGAAGUUAGGUAUCUGCGGGACAGGCAGCAAAGGAGUGUACGAGGCCGCCCGUCCACCGGCCGACGAACACAGAGUGAUCUAUUGCGGCCAGAGUCCUAGCCUUUCGGCUGGCUGGCGAGGGCUGAUGCAUUUUGACAGCUACAAGGGUCCCAGAUUUAAGGCUGGCUGGCGAGGCUGUCACAGGGUUCCAGAUUUAAGGCUGGCUGGCGAGGCUGUCACAGGGUUCCAGCUUUCCAGCUGGCUGGUGAGGCUGACGGUCACAGGGUAUCAGCUUCACUUACUCGCGGUUGAAUGAUCUGAUGGGGUAUUGGUUUCGCUCGGUACACAGGUGAGGCCCGGACUGGGGGGCGAGAUAAAGCCACUGGCAGUCGCCGCGAGUGGGACGAACCCUGUAGGUGCUCCCUGCUGGAUGGGUGUGUAUCACCCGGGUAAACAAUAGUUCCGUGAUCGACCUCUGCUCUCCGGGAGCUGUGGCCGGCCGUUUUGUUUUUCUGCGCUGCCACCCAUGACGUAUUGCCGGCGCAGGCGUUGUGUUUAGUGUUUAUCAGCCAUGACAGAUGCCGGUGUGGGUUGGAGGCGGUCGGCCGGCGCCGCCGCCGUUUGUGAUAUAUGCGCCACAUUUGGCUCUCAGCUGGUGACUGUGGCCGAGAGACGUGCUAGGUUUUACUGCGAGCUUCUGCGCGGGUUGUGUGUGGCUGGUUUCGGUCGGUCUGGCCGUGCGGUCAGUGUGCUGCGGGUUGUGCCGAGUCGGGUGGAAGUGCCACCAGUCCGAAGACAGCUCCGUUCUCCGAUGGACCGUCUCUGUGCUCAGUUCAGGCUGAGAACGCCGUGUACGGCCGGAUGUAGACCGGUGAGGCGGUGACUGAGGAUUGUUGUUGUUAACGCCGUCCAGUGAGGUCGGUAACGGAGGAAUGUUAUGUUGUUGCGACACCGCGGACCCUGGCGUCAGGCAGUGACGGGCACGGUGCUCCUACGCUGCCGACCCAAGGGUAGGCGGUGACGGGGUACGGGCUGCUGCGUGCCCCCGGCGGGCAGGGCCUACUCGGCCGGCGGCUGCUCGGAGUAUGCAAACUGGUUGUGUUCCUGAACUAUCUGAUGAAUAUAAGACAGCUAUCGAUUUG